UCAACGUGAAUCAUCUUCUCCGGUCGGCCCAAACCCCCUUUCUCCCCUAGUUUUCGUCGUCGUGUAUAUUUCCUCCCAAGCCAUGGAUGAUGAUAAACUCGAUGAUCGAGCCACUUUGGUUACGCGUAUCGAAUCGUUGGAGCGCGAGCGUGACGAACUACGUAAUGAUAUUGAGCAAAUGUGUAUGCAACAUGCUGGACCUAGUUAUGCGGCUGUUGCUACCAGAAUGCAUUUUCAAAGGACAGCCGGCCUUGACCAGGAGAUAGAUGACUUGAAAAAAAAGUUAACUUCUUGCAUACGAGAGAAUGCAAAUCUUCAAGAAGAGCUUUCAGAGGCUUAUCGUAUUAAAAACCAGUUAGCUGACCUACACGCUGCAGAGCUGUCAAAGAGCGUAGAUGCAGAGAAACAGAUUAAGUUCUUUCAAAGUUCAGUUGCUGCUGCUUUUUCUGAACGUGACACUGCAAUAAUGGAGGCUGAACAAGCUAAGGAGAAAGAGGAAAUUGCAUCACAAAAGUUUGACAUUAUGCAGCAAAAGAUAGAAGAACUCACUACAGCUGUCCUUGAAGAAAAGAAGCUUUCAACUACACUUCAGACUGAUUUAAGUAAACAACAAAUGGAGAAUGAAAUAUUCAAGCAGGUGAUCAAUAAGUUCUAUGACAUCAGACAGAAUUCUUUAAACAGAUAUGAUGAUGCUAGUUGGGGAGAUAAGUGUACUUCUCUAUUAAAUGAUUCAGAAGACAUGUGGACUUUUACUGGUUCCGGGGAAACAUCAACCACAAAAUACAUUACUAAGCUAGAGGUAGAGGUGGAGGCGUUGAGAAAAUCCGUAAUUAAUCUUCAGAGCAAGCUACAGAUGGGAUUGGAGAUCGAAAAGCAUUUGAAGAAGUUGGUGCAUGAUCUGAAAAACAAGAAAAUCUCCAUGAAAGAAAGGAUGAAAAGGGACAUAUUAGGAUUACGGGGUUUCCAUUCUCAGUACAGGCUUGAAGUUGUUAAUUUGCUCGAGGAGGAAUCUUGUCUUCUUAAAUCAGCUAUUGAUGACAUCAAAGAGAAUUUGAAAAAAUUUUCUAUAAAUGAAGAACAUAGCCAUUCGUCUCCUCAGAGGGAUAUGACAUUGCAAGAGAAUGAUUGCCGUGAUGUGCAUAUAAGCCCUGAUACCGGAUUAGAUACCAUUACAAAGGAAGAAGCGUUUGGCAUUCCAAGCACUUCCAUUUCUGGGGCUGGAGAUGAGUCAGAAGCAUUGGUUCAAAUGAUAAAGGAUAAGGAAAGCAUUUCUGACUUGCAAAAAGCAUGCAGUGCAGAAACAGGGGAUGUUCCUGAACCCCUUGCUCAGGCAUUGCAAGAAAAGGUAGCAGCAUUGUUGCUUCUAUCACAGGAGGAAGAGAGAUAUUUGUUGGAGAGCAACAUAAAUGCAGCUCUUCAGAAUAAAUUGGAGGAGCUGCAAAGAAAUUUAAUUCAAGUGACAAAUGAAAAGGUAAUUGCUCUAAUGGAGUUGGCGCAAUUGAAGCAGGAAUACCAUCUACUACAGGAGAAAAUCAAUGAUGACGUGCACCAUGGUAAGGUUGCAACUGUGAGUGAUGAGAAAAGCGUGUUCCAUGAUAAGGAUGGAAGGUUGAAGGGUUUGUUGAGGAAAGCGUACUUUAGCCAGUGGAUUAGUCCCCACCAACAGAAUGCACAAAAUAUCAGUUCUACAAGUACCAUGGAUUUUGCAAGAAUGAAGAUUGAGUAUAGCGCUCUCAAAGAGAGCUUGGAAAGUAUGGAGCAUCUAACUUCUUCAAUUCGCCGACUUCGUCUCUCGCUUGUUAAGGUUAAAGAUUCUAUCCCAGCUGAGGAGGAUACGGCUGGUAAGAAAUCAGAAAUCAUUGAAAAUGUUGUCACGGAGGCAAAGCUUCUAAAGACCGCACUCGGCAGUUCUCUUCCUGUAAGCUGGUCAGCCGAGGCAGAUAAUGGCGUUUCAAGUGCAGAAAAGGUCGAUUGUGUGUCUGCUGCUGGUUUUGAGAUGGUAGAGCUUCUUAUAUUAGCCUCACAUUUAGUAAGAAAUUCCAUGCUUUGAAGAAAACUACCAUCGAGUUGCACGGACCCACAAGUAAUCAAAUUCUUAUAAUGUGUACAUUGCUUCUUUAGAUAAAUAUUAUCAUUUAGUUUUUUUUUUCAUAACUUUGGUGUUGACAUAGCGGUGUUUUUUUGUUCUGGAGUCUUACUGAUAGUUUUAGUGUCCACAUGCGUUUGCCUUGUUGAAUGGAAAUACCUUUUUUGUAUACACAAACUGCAAUUGAGCU